UUAUGCGUAUGAUGCUCAUAUUGCAAUUUAAUAUACCGCGCAAACAUCUUGUUUCCCGCUCUGAAAACAAAUUAAGCCGAUUAGGUUUUACUUAUUUCUUAUAAGAUUGGGGCUGCGAAAUUUCCACAGUGAGCAAUUGGGGCUGCGAAAUUUCCACAGAUUGGGGCUGCGAAAUUUCCACAGAUUGGGGCUGCGAUUUUUGUUUAGUGAAUGAAAAUGAAACCCAGAAACGAGAUAAAACAGAAGAGGAGGAGAAAUUCACAAGAUUUUAUGACACCGUCAGACGACAUCAUUCUUCUCAGCCGUUUCUCUAAAUUCUACUACAAAUAUUUUCAAGAAGGUAACUCAGUCCCUAUAGAAAAUCUUGCUCCAUUUUUAAGUCAUGUCGAGAAAUAUCUACAGAAUAAAUACACAGUGGGUCAAAUCUCGAACAGAAUGAUUAGACUUAAAGAGAAAUAUGAAGUAGUUAAAAAAAAUGUUGAAAACCCUGAGUUUUGUUUCAACGACUACGAUUCUGCCUUGUAUGAAUGGGGUAGUGUGAUAUGGGGGGAACGUCCUAUUGACAACAUCCCUCCUCUGAUAGACCGUGUGAAAACGCCUGAGAAGAAUAAAAAAAAAAAACAUGGAGAAGAAAAAGUUGAGAAAGAAAAAGAAAACUACAAUGAACAACUUCUAUAUGUUUCUGAUUCUGAAGAAGAUAAAGGAAGAGAGAUUAAAAGGUUAGCACAUAUUGAAAUAUUAUCUUCAUAUGAAAAAAAGAAAGAGAAAGACAAGGAAGAAAAAAUUGAGAAAGAAGAAGAAAAAUACAAUGAACAACUUAUAUAUGUUUCUGAUUUUCAAGAAGAGAAAGGAAGAGAGACUGAAAAGUUAGCACAUAUGGAAAUUUUACCUUCUAUCAAAGAAGAGAAAGAGAAAGAGAGAGGCAAAAUAGAAUUUGAUGAGAAGAAUGAUUGGGUUGCUGGUUCCGAGGAAGAAGAAAAAGACAGAGAAAGUGAAAAGUCAAUAAGCAUAUCCGACUUUUAUUAUGAGCUCGAAAAAUGCCUCUCCGAUUUAAAAAAAUCGUUCUCUUGGAAGGUUCUUUUUCCGUAGACAAACUUGCUCAUUUGAUGGAUUCUUUGAAGUGUCCUUUUCACACUCAUGUAGAGGCUUAUGUUUUUCUUUUUCUUUCUGUCAAUUGUUGGUUUAUACUUUUAUCAGAAAAUUUCUCUCUUGAAGCACUAUUUGACUCUUGACCUACUUAUUACAGUUGGUAGAUGCCUUAUGAACCAGGCUAGUAAAGCAAAUUUUGGAGAUUUUGUUGUGUAGCACAUUGAGCUUCUUCAAAAGUUUGGAACCUUCACACCACAGGGUACCACUCUAGACUACGCUUCCAUGGUUCAUGCCAUGUCAAUAGACUAGCCCAUCCCAAGUAGAUGAAUCAGAAAAUCAACCAGAAGGAAAUCCACCAAUUAUUAGAGAAUCUAAAUAAUUAUGUGAUUGCUUCUCUUGUAAUUUUGUAUUUACUUGUACUCGUCUCAUAAGGUCAUCAUCAUAAUCAUAUAUAUAUUCAUAAGAGUUUCUACUAGGCAAAAUUAGCUAGGAAGCAUUCUGCUAGUUUUUUAUCGUAGGGAUUCUCAUCCUUAGCCUUUUGAGUCUUUGUAUUCAUAGGCAGUGUACUCAAAGAAGAGCAUUAUUUUGUUAUCUUCCUAUCUUCUGAAUGUUUAUUUAUUUACAACGUUGUUCUUUGCUUCA